UACGUCCCCUUUUGGAGAAGGUGCGAGAAAACCUUGUUCUCAUUGGCAGAUAGUGGCUUCAUUUGCUGAAAAGUUGAUUCUUCUUGACUAGAGGUCUUCCUAGUCACUAUACUGCUCGACCGUUAGUCUACUCUGGUUAGGUUGUAGAUCUGGAAGGUAUUAUUGGUGGAGGAAAGUAAUUCCACAACACAAACACGACCAGCGGCCAAAUAUAACCAGAAGGGCGCCCAACACAACAACUUGUCGUGUUAACUGUAGAGCCAGGACGUAGUUGACUCACAUUGCAGUAUGUCGGUAAAGAAGAUUGUGUCCGAAGAAGAAUUUCUGGCUCUUGAAAGAAAUGAUGGAUUAUUUGUGGUCCACUUUAUGGCUGACUGGGCUCCACAAUGUGGCCAGAUGAAUGAUGUUAUCAGUGAAUUAAGCAAGCAGCGAGAAUUAAAGGAUGUCACCUUUGGGAUUGUUGUUGCUGAAGAUCUCUCAGAAGUUAGCUUGAAACAUAAUGUUUCUGCUGUGCCAACUUUUGUGUUGCUGCGUGCAGGACAAGUCAUUGAAAGAGUGGAUGGUGCCAAUGCUGCUGAUCUCACAACCAAAGUUAAAACACAGGCAGCAAAAGCCUCCCUUGUGUCAACUGCACCAGUUGAACCGGCUCAAGAUCUCAACACUCGUCUGAAGCAACUCAUUAACUCGGCUAAAUGUAUGCUCUUUAUGAAAGGAUCACCAGUUGCCCCAAGAUGUGGAUUCAGCCGCACAACUGUCCAGCUACUGAGUAAACAUAAAGCUGAUUAUUCCAGCUUUGAUAUUCUCACUGAUGAUGAAGUUCGUCAAGGCCUCAAAACCUACUCCAAUUGGCCCACAUAUCCACAGCUGUACAUUGAUGGGGAGCUGGUUGGAGGCUUAGACAUUUUAAAGGAGAUGGAUAGUUCUGGGGAAUUGGGUCCCAUGCUUCCGAAGAGGCAAAAGCUGGAGGACAG